GAGCUGAAAACAGAGCAGAGGGAUCUAAUUACAGCCCUUCACUGGCCCUACCUGCAGUCACUGGGUAACUAAAGUCACUCCUCCGCACCCGCCUGCCAAGAGCCACUGGAUAAGCCAGUGCAACAGAGGAGACUACAGGAGAAGCAGCAUCUUCACCGUACAGAGCUCUGACUACUGCUGCUCCACACGGAGACUAACACACACUCUCUCUCUCUCGUGGACACAGAGGCUGGUCAGCCCUGGUCAGCCCUGCUGCAUUUUUGUCCCUCUUCCUUUUUUCCCCCUUUUUUUUCCGGGCAGGACCCCCUAGGAGCCCCGUCAGGAGCUCCACGCGUUACCGGCUGCCAAGCUGUCUCUCCGGCUCCUCCCCGCCAUCGUCCUGGACAAUGACGAGGACGACGAUGGCAACUUCACCAACUGGAUGAGCAGCUACUGGGGCCACGACGGCAGCCGCUCCAAAGAGCGCAAGCACAGCUUCCGGGGAAACUCUGCGCGGCGCAAAGCGGACCGCCGGGCCUCCCUGCCCUGCCCGUCACAGUUGGAUGCGAUGCACCUGAACCGGCUCCAUGCAGCUGCAAUGGCUCCUGCACCCGCGCACAUGAAGGGCCGAGAGGACAAGGAGGUCCGGUCGCAUCCUCGCGCACGCCGCGUCUCCUCUGACGAGAACAGCCGCAAGAGCACCAUCCCUGCGUCUGGCAUCACCCCCAUCCCCGAGCUCGCAGAGUCCUUCGAGAAGAGGCUACGGUUCCGCAACCAGAAAGUCAUGUCAUUGGGUGACGCAGAUAAUGUAUGUCUACUUUGCCAUGAAGAAAAACGCAAUGGUCAAGUCCAAGAAUUGCACUGCUCACAUCGAUUCCACAAAGAGUGCCUCGAGCUGUGGUUUUGGAACCAUUGCACGUGUCCCAUCUGCAAAGCCAAAGUGGCCAUGCCUGCGCCCCUCUACUGGUCAUCCGCACGUGUCCAGUUCCCCUGAUGGUGUCUGCAGUUACCCAGCAUGCCCCUCUCUUCCCUCUCUCCUCCUGCCUCUGCAUGCGACCCAUCCAUCCCUUCCAACAGACUCUGCUCCUCUGUUGAUCGGCUUGUCGUGGCGUUGAGGUUGAACAUGUUGGAGCAUAUUCAGAGGACAUCCAACAGAGCAACCUAAACCUGAGUGUAGCAGGGCUGCAUGCAUCCCCGAAUUCCCCCACUGCUGGGUCAUAUGUUUCUUGAGUUUGAGGUUUUAUUUUUGGUUUUGUAAGAAGUGAGGUAUGGGGUAUUGGGUAAGGGGUGUGGACGGAGAAUGGAUUUUAUGCCCACGAAAAACAAUUUUAACUGGGGAUGUUACUCCUUCCCCAUAUAACCGUUUUGUGGUCAAUUGUUGAGCCUAGAUCUCAUGAGGAUCUCAUGUUGGGCAAUGUCAGGAGUCAGGACAUCUGAGGUGUAGACAGUUCAGUGUCGGCUAGUAUCUUGGGUACAAACAUGUAAUGAUGAAACAGGACGUGGGUAAACUAUGAAUUCUGUGAUCUCGGUGAGGUGGACUGUGCCAUUUUUUUUGGUGAUUUUUAAAGAGGCAUUCAGAACAUGUUUGAUGAUGGUGGAGGUUAUUUUCCGAUGUUUAUAGCAAUACCAGUGGUAUUGAAUUGUCCCUAGAGUGUUGUUGAUUGUACAUACUGUGAAUGUGGAUAAUACAGUGCGAUUUUUGAAUGUUAAAAGUUGCAAUUGGGGAAUAAACUCUUUUGGGAGGUGGAUUAACUCUAUUUCUGAAAUGUCAGAGGUAGAUAAACUCGGUUUACUUGCGUUUAUCCUCCCCUACAUCCUUACUAGGGUAUGUCACAUUCUUCCUGCCCAAUGAGUGUGUAUUUCUAGGUAAAAGGGCAACAUUUCACCAUUUUACAACUACAGUAUGAGCUGUGGUUUAAUAAUGAAGUGGAAAGAGGAACAGAGUUAGGAUGCUCACCCCACAGAUUAUAUUUUACAUCAUUAUUCAAAAGUGUGUUUUCGAACAGAUUGUUUAUGCAGUAUCAACAGAUCCUUUGUUAAGUAGAAAACGCCAGUGUCAGACUCAGCAUCAACAGCGCCACAAAAACAGUGUAUUUUAGGGUAGGGCUAGGAUGCAUUUAUGCUUCAGCCAUGGUCAACUUAAACCUGAUUUUGUUUUUCUUAAAUGCCACAUCUCUGUUGCUCUUUCCAACAUGCAAUUUAAAACGGCAGAGCAUUGCGUAACAUUGCUUGGGACCAACUUUUCUAUUCGUUUCUGAGUGAAACUGUACUCUGACAAUGUAAAUAUGUGUAAAUACAUGUAUUUCCUGUGUUGAGGAGAGCAGUAGCACUCUCCCUGUAGGCAGUAUGUAUCUGUAUAUUAGUAACUUUUUUAAAAUUAUAAUUAUUAUUAUGGUAACCUGUGAAGCUCAUUUUCACAAGUGCUUGAAAUCACUAUCUGGUACUUGUGUUCCCAUAGCCAUGACUUUGUAUAAUUGAAUGAAGUCAUGUGAUUUUAGACUUGUAUUAUAUUUUGUUGACUGUUUCCCCUUUCUUCUGAUAGCCAUGGUUUAUUGUGCAAUGUGUGUGAGAGAACCUCACUAUAAACGAUCAAGUGUCAUGCCAAACUGUCUGAGUUUACAAUUUGGAUGAAAGACUGGCAAGACUGCUCCUUGUAAAGCUCUAUACAUUUUUAACGGAUAUCGACUUCACUGAUAUUAGCCUUUUGUUCACCUUAACUAGAUCUAUCCACCUUUGUAUUACAGUUGACGGCACCGAACAGAUUUUUGACAUUGUAUUGUGGUUGGGAGUACUUAUAUUGUAUGCAAUGUUGAAUGAUCCAUUAUUAUAUUUUCACAUCAUGCCUGUCCAACUCUAAACAGUGUUUGUGUAUAGCCUAUACAUGCAUAGACCUGUAACAUGUGCCAGACUGUCUACUCACUUUCACACCAUAACUGAAUAUCAGUGUAUCCUCUUCCUCUA